AUGACUCCUCGCACACGCAAAAGUCUUCAAAAAGAAUAUUCCCCCGCCACUUCUACUAUAACUCGUAUAGAUACCGAUACUAACCCGACACCCUACCGUCCUAAAUCUGCUCGCACUUUUGUCAGUGAAUCGGGUCAAACGCCUGGCUCUCGCUCUCGGGCUUUGAUAGAAAAAACGAACACAGCUGACUCUGGAAAGAAGAAUGAUUCUAGGAAAAGACGGUCUUCGAGGGGAAAAACGUUUACACUUGCUGACGAAUUGUCUUUAGCCGAGGAAAGAAGCGAUGUCAAAAGACUAAAGACGUAUACCCAAGGAGCUGAGGACGAAAAUGAAGAAGAGAAUCUACACGCCAGUUUUUUUAAUCUUGAUCUAUUAAGAGAGAAGACACUAGAACAACAGGAGGCUCUCAAUCACAAAAAGCAGGAAACCAUAAAGGCGUCAGCAUAUAAAGAUGGUCUCCAGGGACAUAUGUACAACGAUAGUGCAUCCUCCAUUGCUCAAUUGUUAAAACCUGUGGAGAAGUGUUGCGGGAGUUCAGUUAGGGAUUUGUUGAUAGAAGAAAAGACUCCAAUUGAAAAGGUCGAAACGGUAUAUGAUUGGCUAGAGGAAAAAGGCUUUCUGAAUGAAUAUAUGCUCAGUGAAUUUCGAGUGGUUGAAUGCGUGACAACGAUGGACUUGAGCCAUACUUUUAACAAUACUGUGAAAGAAAACGAACUUUCUCUUCGCAUGACUCAGCCCAGUUACACACCAUAUGAUCUUGAGAAUCGAAAUCGGUAUAGUGCAGCUGCACUGGUGUCGGUGCUUGCUCGACCCAACAGCUUUUCUGAUUUACGGGUUUUGCGGCUCAGUGGAGCGAUAAUUGAUGCCAGAUACCUGAGCGUCUUGAGAGAUUUGGUAUCAUUGGAGGAAUUAUACGUUGAUCGGACUGGAAUGAUAGACGAAGGAAUGGCUCAUUUAGUCAUCCGUAGGAAGUCGCUGAAAGUACUGGACAUAUCGAAGAAUCGAUUUAUUACCGAUCGUUCUUUCGAUAAUUUGAUAUAUUUGAGCGAGCUUGAGGUAUUACACCUGGACGAGACAGGAGUGACGUUAGAUGGACUGAGAAAGUUCGUGAGAGAUUCCUACAGUCAGAACCUAAAUCAGUUGACUAUUCAUCGUGAUUUGAGAAGUGCAUUGCGGAGGCGAGGGGAGUUAUAUUGCAUUGGAUCACAGCCUAAUAUGAUUGAAGACCCAGAAAUAACCUUUAACAUGAGUGUUUAUCAGUUACGCAGACAACUUUCAUUCCACGCGAAAAUCAAUUCCAAGAUAUUGACGGUUGGGACACGGGAGCAACUGGCCAAACAGUUACAUGACAUAUUAGAACGAAGAAAUCAAGAUAGUCAUAUUUGGACACUCUGUGGCGGUCGUUGA